AUGAGCUCUAUACCGUCGACGAACGUCCUCAUUUGGCUCAGUGUGAAGCCCUUGAUCAAGCUGGUCAUUCCCGCCGGCCUGGGUUUCUGGCUCACGCGAGCUGGCCUCUUCCCCGUACCCGCCAGUCGUGGCGCCUCCGUCCUCAUCCUCAACGUCUUCCUCCCGAACCUUCUCUUCUCCAAGAUCGUCCCGUCAAUCACGCCAGAGAACGCAAAAGCCAUCGGUCCCAUCUUUCUCGUCGGCUUCGUCUACAUCAUCAUCUCUCUCCUCCUCGGCGUGCUCGUCAGGGUGACGUUCCGCACGCCACGAAACUUUCGAUGGGGCAUCCUGGCCGCGGCGACAUGGUCAAACUGGGGAGAUCUGCCGACGUCCGUUGUACAGACGGUCUGCGCUUCCGCACCCUUCGCCGGCGUCCAAGACUCGAACCUUGCAAUUGCUUAUGUUGCUAUCUUCAUCCUGAUUUUCUACAUCACCCUCUUCCCCAUGCGCGGCAUUCACCUCAUCGAGCGCGACUACACGCAUCCUCCGCCGCCCCUCGCAGAUGAUGAGCAGGAGAAGGGCGCGCUCGACAAGUACCGCCGCGCGUGCAGCAAAGUCGGCGGUUUCGUGCGCCGUCGAGCAAAGCGGUCUAGCUCGGGACUGGACGGCGAGGCGAGCAGCGUUGAGGAGAAGUUGCCGGUGCCUACACUCGACGAGCUGCACAAGGUCGCCUCGACAGCGUCGCAGCGGCGGUACCCUCACGCGACCUUCUCGCCUCUACACCGCCAAACCACAUCUCGCUCAAUCGACCGCAGCUCGAUCCGCGAGAUAGCGAGUGCCGCACAUGCCGCCUCGCCCGCGGACACGCCAGGUCAGCUAGCCAGCACAGCACCGGACGGACCCGCUCGACGACGCCUUCUCCAGCUCGAGCGGGAUCGUCUGCGGACCAUCGUCGGCUCGCCGGCGGGCUCGGUCGUUGACGACGAGAUCACCGAGGCUGGUACGCAGUCGGCGACGAAGGAGGUGGAGGUCGCAAACGAGAAGGGUGGAACGCGGCUGAGUUCCGUCGGCUCGCUGGACAAGUCUGCCGAGACAAAGGCAAUGGCGGAGGUCGAGGAUAUGAAGGAGAUAGCGGAAGCAGCCGAAGACGAAGAGGCAGAAGAGGCGAGCGGUGUUCGACGAUUCCUGAUCAGCGUCAAGGGCUUCGCCCUGUCGCUCCUGACGCCGCCGACCAUCUCACUCGUCGCGGCACUUAUCUGCGCGCUCGUCAAGCCUCUCAAGGCGCUCUUUACGACCGUUCCCGACUACAGCUGGCACCCGACCGCGCCAGACGGCAAUCCUCCUCUCGCCAUCUUACUCGACACCGCAACAUUCAUUGGUAACGGCUCGGUCCCCCUGGGGCUGAUGGUUCUCGGCUCGACACUCGGCCGGAUGCGCAUCCCUCGACCCAUCUCGCGCCUUCCCCUCGGCAGCAUCUUCGCCCUCGCGCUAGCAAAGGUCGUCCUCCUGCCCAUCAUCGGUUUCGUCUUCGUCCGCGGCCUUGCGACGCACACUGGGCUCGUCAACAAGGACAAUCACGUCCUCCAGUUCGUGAUGAUCUACUUCUCGGUUUGUCCGACUGCGACAACGCAGUGUGCACUCACUGUCAUCUUCGCGCCCGAGGACGGCGAGAGCAACGCCGACAUCCUCGCAGCAUAUCUUAUUGCGCAGUACCUCAUCUUCGCAUUUGCGAGUGUCGUCUUGACGGCCAUCUCGCUAAACAGUAUAUUCUCGUCCUAG